AUGAAGAAGGCAGCCAAGGCAGUAUCAGCGUUGAGCAGCAAGAAAGUACUUGACAUUCUCGCAGCCGCCGCGUUGAGUCAUCAGGAUGUCUGGUCAGAGAUCCGAGGAGCCCAUGUCCAGGAAGUGGAUGGCGAACUCACGAGACAAGCCAGGAUAAUCGAGCACCUGGAAGCCCGAUCUCGACGCGAUUACAAAGCAACCCACGGCGUAAGGGGUACCUUUCAAUUGGCGUCGACGACACAGAUCCGUCAGAGAAAUCAGCCGGGGUCUGUUGAAUCUGCGUAUGGCAAGGAUGAGUACAGUGAUGAAGAUGAGGUAGAGGAUGGCGAAGACGAAGAAGAAGAAGAGCAGGAGGAGGAGGAGGAGGACCACGACGACAACGACGACGACAAACCUGAGACAGACAUCUUCGGCUUUGCAGCCAACUCUGAUAAGGUCCACUAUGUCCUCCAUACUCGAUAUGCUGGCCUCCGAGACUCGCAACAGUCAAUGAUCAUUUACGAGGCUGCAGGGCGCUCGCGGUGGAAAACACGAUUUUGCGGUUCUCAAAGCUCUGCGUUUUUUGACCAAGAGCUUAGCUGA